AUGGAGCUGCAGCUAUUAUUGCUGCUGGUGGUGGUGCUGUUUGCGCUGAUGGAUUCGGACAGGGCCAGAUCGUGUACCCCGCCGCUACCGGCAGCUACGGAUCACGCGGCGAUUCCACUGGCCAAGCAGCUCCAGCCAGCGACGGGUGCCAGUGAACGGGAACGAAAAAACUCAUCUUCAGCACCACCGACACCAUCCAUCGAUCCGCGCGGAAUUGCUGGAGAAUCUCGUAGCGGCACCAAGGGCACGGCGGUUGAAUCCGGAGAGGGCAGUGCUCGUGAGGAAAAUCGUGCCAAAGCGACUGCCAAUUCGAGUGGUGAUUUGGGAUCAUCGAAAGAGCAACCCAAAGCGAAGCAAAACAGCACGGAUUCUGGCAGCACGGCGCCAUCGAAGAAGCGUGACAAAGUGAAAACCGACUCGAAGGAGCGUCAUCGCAGCAGGCAUCACGAUCGGCGGAAAUCCCGUAGCCUCUCGAGAGAGGAAGAUGGCAGCGAGCAAAACAAUAGCCAGGGUGACACCACUGAGCGGAAGCAAAAACACGCGACAACACGUCGGUCCCGUUCGCAGGACGCACCUGAUGAAAAGCGGAAGAAAAAGAGGUCCCGCUCGCGAUCGCAUAGCCGUUCCAGUCGAAGUCGCCAGCCGGAAGACAGUCUCAAGCGGGACCGGCACAGUAUUAGCCAGCAGAGAGAUUUCGGCCCUCGGCAGGAAGGUUCCCGGGAACGCUUUCCACCAUACGGGCGUGAUUUUGGCUUUAACAAACGUUGGCACGCUCCGUUCCCGAACCGACGAUUUGAGGACGGGGUGCGCCGAAAUGCACACUUUCACCCGCGAACGGGACACGCGUGGACGGGCGGCACGUUGUCGACGUUGAAGUACACCAAGAUACAGCCGGAGAUCGGUUGGCAGGAGUGGACGCAGCGUGAGGAACCGGAGCGAAAGCCAAACAAAUCGCCGGUAAGAAAAGUGCAACCGAUCACGCCGGCGAUAGCGGCCCUACAGGAGUACGAUGAAAGCGACGACGGAUCGUCUUCCCCGAGCGAACAGCCGAAUCUGAAAUCAAGACAUCAUUCGGAGCUGGACGGGAAAGGUCUCCCGGAGGGUAACACUAUCGAAUCGCUCUCAGAGAAAGACGCGCUGCAAGCGUCUCCGGAAGUGGAACGAAUUAUACGGCACAUCAAAAUCGAACACCCCGUGGAUGAUCGGCAGGAGCAGGUAGGACAGAACAAAGUUAAAAUCGAUUGCAGUAUUGUGAAGAAGGAACCGCUGACGGAGGAGGACGAAGAUGUCGCCGAGAAGCGAAAUCAAAGUACAGCCCCAAAACCGCCCACCGUCAGUAGGCCGAAGUUUAGCUGCUCUUUUCUGGACGAUCUGUCCAGCGGUUGCCUGGUGCUGCUUCCCGAUCUCUCCCCCGACGUCAAGGAUCAGGAUCAGGAUCCCGCUACGACGCAUGUCGAUCGCAACCGGAAGGGAGCCAGUCAGUCGCCGGAUUCGGACGAUUACGCGGCCAACUGGGAAGAGACGGAGGGUCUCGGAAUGAGCCCCGGCACCAGGACAACACCGACACCACCUCCGGCAAGUGAUGUGCCGCUGCGAGAUGCGGAAGUCGCGACCAUCGUCACAAACGGGUCUCCGUCGGUGGAGGAAAAACGGGCCCAUCUGAAGCCACGCAGUAUGCACGAGGAAAUCAUCCCACUGGACGAUUUGCUGAACGUACAGAACCAGCUGAAAUCCUUCAAAAGCAAGCUGGAGGAGGCGGAGAAGCUAAAGGAAUUGCACAAGCGACCCGACGGUAAAGUCACGGAACACGGUGCGUCCGUGCAGGAUUCCGAUCCGGCUGGUUCGCUAUUCACGGAGAAGCUGGCUGACGAAUACAAAAACUUUAUGCAAUCAUUGGGCCAACUCCCGGCCGGUAACAAUCGUGACGGUGAACGGAAACGUGGCUCAAGCUCGAGCAGUUCGUCAAGCAGCUCGUCGAGUUCGUCUUCCGAUUCGAGCUCGGAUUCAUCCAGUUCAUCGGACUCGUCCAGUUCAUCGAGCUCCAGUUCAGAAUCGGAAUCAGAGCAUGAGUCUGAAACGAGAAAAAGUACGCCAUUGCGUUCCGAAGCGAACGUCGGUAAGUCACCACAACGAGCACAGGAAGAACCGACCACACCACCGCACCGGAUGAUCGUUCCCGAGUACCUCCUGCCGAAGGUGCCAGAUCCGCUGACCGGCAUUCCAUUACAAGGGACCCCCAUGAAGAUCUACAGUAUUCGGGAUGAUUCGGUUACGACCGAGAGCGCGGAAUCGCUGGCUGCGUCCAUCAAACCGCUGGAACUGGAUCGCGACACACCCAUCAAAAUGAAACUGCCAUCAAAACACAGAAUCCUGCCGGGUGUCGGUGCGUCGGCGCUUCUAGGCCACGAUGAUGAAGAGGGCAACGAGAGGGGCAAGGCAUCCGCACAAACGGGUGACGAGCAUUCCGGUGGUCACACCUCGAAGGAGCAACGACGUGCGAGCAAGGAUCGUGAUCGUGAAAAACGAACGUCUCGCGAUCGCUCUCAGAACCGAAAGCGCAGCUCAUCCCGGCGUCGAUCCCGUGACCGGCAGGCUGGGGAUAGCCCCAAGCGGAAGUCACGCGAUCGUGAUAAGCGAUCCUCGCGCAAGGAUCGCUCGCAUUCCUCCCGCAGUCCGCAUCGACAUCGAACGCGCAGUCCACGCAACCGGAAGCGUUCUGCGUCGCGGUCGCGAUCACGUUCGCGGUCACGCUAUCGUAGUCUCAGCCCCUCGCAAAGGCGUCCACCAAGCCCUCGGGGUCGCAGUCCUGUAGAUGGCCGUCGGAACGCUCGAACCCGUCGUCGCUACUCGGUGGAUCGCGAAUGGUCUUCGUCGAGACGAUCACGAUCACCGUACGGACACCGACGGCCUCCAUCGCCUAAGGACGCGCCGCCACUGAUGGGUCACGGUGAGAACCAAAUCGACAUCAUCACCAGCACGGGUGUACCAUCGCCGAAUGUUCACUCUCCAGUAACGGGCUACAAAAAGAGCCUGGCCGAUUCCACCAUUAGCGAUGCGGAGCUCGAGAGCCAAAAGCGCAAGCACCUGAUCGACCCGACGUACGGUGGUGCGUAUCCAAAGGGUGCCUACGCUUACUACGGUCCUCCCGGUGAUAUGCUGGUUACGGAUCCGGCCGGUGGUGACCGAUCCGGCACCGGUAAAUCGGAUGGCGGUGAUGAAUCAUCACCCAAGCGGAUCUCACUCGACGAUCGGAUAAACAUCGUGCUUGGGAUAAAUGGUACGGUUGAGGGCGGUGCCAAGCAACACGCUCCCGGGAAGCAUCAUCCGCAUCACGGUGGUCCACAGCACAUGCAUCAUCCGCACGGUGGCGGAUAUGGUGGCGAGUAUCCUCUUCCCCAUGACAUGUACCAGCAGCAGUCGAGGCAUCAUUUGCCACCGACGCAUAUGAACUAUCCGGGUGGGUAUGGUACGCAGGAGUAUGGUGGAGGGCAUGCGUACGGAUAUGGACCACCUCGUGGGCCUCCUUCAACGGCCGCCGCUACCCCGUAUUAUCCCGGGAGUCGUGGUCCACCGCCAUCUUGGGCUCCGCGUAGUCAUCCGUAUCAGGGUUACCCGAUGGCAUUCGUAGGACCACCGUUGAGCGCGAUCCGGACCGGGUUGGUACCGGUCACUGACAUGUACCGCUCACCUUUCGCACCCCCAACGGUAACACCUGGCCAGUCCACGGCAAGCACACCGACGGAAACGGGCAGUUCCAAGUCCCAGGUGAAGCAGGUUGGCAAUGUGCUCGAGAUCGUCCCAUCAAGCGCACCGAUCUCAUCGGCCACGAAACCCUCGGAUAGCAGUACGACUACCGGUGGUACUGACCCACCCGGAACGGCAUCAAACGGAGCUGGGCCAUCGGAUCCGGCGGAAGAACAAAACCUAACCGCAUCGACUGGUAACGAUCAGCAACCUUCCGCUCCGUCGUCAGCGCUCGUCACUCCGAAGAUCCUGACCGCCGAGGAGCUCCAGCAACGUCACGAUCGGCGGCUCGAGCUGAAGAAGAAGAUCCGCGCCGAGCGGGAAAAGAAGCGACUGGAGAAGAAGCAACGGAAGGAGCGAUUGCAGCUCGAGAUCAAGCGACUGCUCGGUUCAAAAACGAUCGCCGGCGGUACGGGUGCGUCAUCCGAGAGCAUUGCCGCUUCCGGUGCGAGUGAUGCGCUUGGUGAGGGUCGCAGCGGGGACGGUGGCACCGGAAGUGGUGCCGGUGGUAGUGCCUCGUCGGAUGAAGAGUUCGAGGCGAUCAAGCAAGCGGACCUGAUCGCGUCCUUGGGGCGCUCGUACGAGAAAAGCAUUCUCAAAACGACCAAAUCAACCGCUGGUGGAAGCGCGCCUACCACGGCGAAGAAGUCGGUCCUGUUCGCAGACGGUGUGGCUCCUGGUGACGAGUCGUCCUCUUCCGGUGACGAAGCGAAGGAACGCUCACCGAAUAAGCUUUCGGGAACGAAACUGCGCAAGAAGCUACGUCGCCAGCGUGCGCUGAAGCUGUCCGGAAAGAAGCGCUUGAUUGAUCGACUGAAACAACCGGAACAGGACCACGAACCGGAAGAAUUUGAUCCGGAACUGGAAGACCUUGCACCGCCACCUCCACCACCUGGUUCGCCUCCACCCGAGUUACAACAGCCACGCUGCCUGAAUCCUCCCGUCGUGCGGAUGAUUGAUUUCCGCGAGGGUGGUUUCCACGGUAUCUCCCUUCCGCUACCGCCCAUGCCUCCACCGCCAAUCCAUCUACCCGGUACAAACGGUGCCGGACCCGGACCCGGAUCCUCGAUCAUACCACUGCCAGUUCCCCCCGUCGCGUUGCCCGUUCCAGGACCAGUUCCAUCACCGGCCCUAACCGCUGGUUACCGCCACACGAUCCUACCCCCGAUGGCCCACCAUCUGAUGCCUUCCCAUCUUGGUCCAGCCCAGCAGCGGCCAGCCUCUCCGCUGCCCUUGCACGCUCACCCACCACCGAUGGCGCAUCAUCUCUACCAUCAUUCACACGGUCCGAUGCUGGUGCCACCGCCUCACACCCACGCGUACCCGCCGCCAACGUCGAUACCACCUCCAUCGGCGGCCAUUUCGUCGGCGCUCAUCACCAUAUCCACCAAAAAGCGACCCACCACCACCGGCCCCGCCGGUAACGGUGUGAAUCCGAUUGAAUCGAUCGUAUCGUCGGCACCGCCUGCAAACACACCGGCCACGAUGGUGGGCAACGCCACCACCGGAACCACCGGUGGCAUGUACGAUGGGGCGCCUCCACCGGUGUGA